GAUAUGAAUAAUCAAGAUAAUAGACAGAUAUUACAACAAGUGAGCUCUUUAACUGCAUAUAUUGCGAGCUUGGUAGUUAUUUGGUUUUGGACCUAUACAUGUGAUGUUGAACAUUCUCGCUCGAUACCAAAUGAAAUACGGCUUGAGGGAGAACAAGUUAGAAAUGAAUUAUUGAGCUAUCUAUUCUCGAGUGAGCUCUGUUUUAAUAUUAUAAGGAUGACUCCUUCGGCUUUCAUCGGGUUAUGCGAGAUUUUGAUUAGAGACGGUGGUCUUAGACCAACGCUUCAAGUUACUGUUGAAGAACAAGUUGCAAAAGCCCUUUGGUUGUUAGCACAUAAUAUGACAAAUCGAUAGUUAUCUUUAAUCUUUCGGCGCUCUGGGGAGUCGGUUAGUCGUCAUUUUCAUACUGUCUUGCGAGCUAUUUUGGGGUUGUAUAAAAAUUUAUUAAACAACCAGAUGGCUCCCAAGUUCCUUCUGAAAUUGCCAGCAGCCAAAGAUUCUACCCAUACUUUAAGGUGAACACAACUACCAUCUUUAUAGUUUGCAAAUGUUAAAAUCCUUAAGAUGUUAAUUCAUACUUAUAAUGUCAGGAUUGUAUUGGUGCAAUCGAUGGAACACAUAUACGUGCUAAAGUUUCACAAGAUGAAGCACCCAAAUAUCGUGGGAGGAAAUAUUAUCCAACACAAAAUAUAUUGGCUGCAUGUACGUUUGAUUUAAAAUUCACGUACGUAUUAGCUGGAUGGGAAGGGAUAGCAUCUGAUUCAAGAAUCAUGAAAAAAGCACUAACUAGACGAGAACCGUUAAAAAUUCCCGAAGGUAAAUACUACCUUGUUGAUGGAGGAAUCAUGUUGAGAAGUGGGCUUAUCACACCUUAUAGGGGAGAGCGGUAUCACUUGAAAGAGUAUUCAAGAAAUCCACCUCGAAAUCCUCGUGAAUUGUUUAAUCUGCGACAUGCAUCUUUGCGUAAUGCUAUUGAACGAGCAUUUGGAGUUCUUAAAAAUAUAUUUCCUAUAAUUGCUAGUUCAACGGAGCCAUCAUAUGGUGUUGGUACCCAAAAACUUAUUAUUUUUGCGUGUUGUAUUUUGCACAACUAUUUAAGAGGAGUAAAUCCAAACGAUGAGUUACUUGUACAAGUGGAUGAUGAGCUUAUGAAUAGUGAUACUGUGCCUGAAGAACCGUCAAAUUCUACGGAAAGCAAUGACGAAACACAAAGAGGAGAGACAAUUCGAGAUCCAAUUGCAGCUAGCAUGUGGUCUAACUACCAAGCUUAAUUUUUUUUGAAUGAAAACUUAAAUGAUAUUUAUUUGUAAUGUCAUUUACUUUAUUUAAUGUUCAAUUUGCUAGAUUCACGUGUUCGUAAAUUCAUUGUUUGAAUUGCAGCUAUUAUGUGUAAUACAAUUUCCUAUAUGUAUAAUUGAUGUUUUUUUCCCCUUAUAUCCUCUGAAUGUGUAUAAGUGAAGUAUGCUAUUAUCUAAAUUAUUUUAAUUAUGUAGUUGGCAACUAUGCCAAAAAAGUCAAAAGCAGACUCAAGUGAUACAGAGGCUUCAGAUAAUUCUUCUAUUGUUUGGUCACAAGUCAUGGAUGAUGUGUUAAUUGACGCAUACCAC